AUGUCGCUCGUCUCCGGCGAGAAGUCGAACUUCCAAUACAUCUUGCGUCUGCUCAACACCAACGUCGAUGGCAAGCAGAAAGUGAUGUAUGCCUUGACCAAGAUCAAGGGUGUCGGACGCCGCUACAGCAACUUGGUGUGCAAGAAGGCCGAUGUGGACCUCAACAAGCGCGCUGGCGAACUCACUUCCGAAGAGCUUGAGCGCAUUGUCACCAUUAUCCAAAACCCAACCCAGUACAAGAUCCCGACCUGGUUCCUCAAUCGUCAGCGUGACAUUGUGGACGGCAAGGACUACCAAAUCCUGGCCAACGGUGUGGACAGCAAGCUCCGUGAUGAUUUGGAGCGGUUGAAGAAGAUCCGGGCGCACAGGGGUCUGAGGCACUACUGGGGUCUGCGUGUGAGAGGUCAGCACAGCAAGACGACCGGUCGUAGGGGUAGGACUGUGGGUGUUAGCAAGAAGAAGGGUUAG